AUGGCGAGACCUUCCAGGCCUCACUCAUCUUCCGACGAAGCGCUCUCCAAUGCUUCGAGUUCGUCGGAGGAAAAGGAGCGGGUCAACGAACAGAUAAACGAAGAGGAAGACGAGGAGGAGCUCGAGGCUGUGGCGCGCUCCGCCAGUUCCGACGACGAUGAUGAUGAAGGUGCAGCUGGAAAUCCUCCGGACUCCGACGAAGAUCCCGCCGCAGCCGAUGACGACCAGGUCAAAUUCGCCGCUUACUUUGGUGGGGAUAACGUUGAUCCUGAAAUUAGCAAGCGAGAGAAGGCUAGAUUAAAGGAAAUGCAGAAAAUGAAGAAACAGAAGAUCCAGGAGAUACUGGAUGCACAAAAUGCGGCCAUAGAUGCCGACAUGAACAAUAGAGGCAAGGGGCGUCUGAAGUAUCUCUUGCAGCAGACUGAACUGUUUGCUCAUUUUGCAAAAGGUGAUCAAACUUCUCCUCAGAAAUCUAGGGGAAGUAUGGAUAGUGAGAGACUCACAAGAUUGUAA